AUAAAUGCGAGGAACCACGGCAGUCUGUCACCGAAAUAUACUUUGGACGUCAUGAUCAAGCUGCUGGUUGCUGUCGCGGUUUUGGGCGCCUGCUUGGCUGAGGAGGCGCCGAAACCCAGGGCCGUCUUCAGGUCGUCCUCCGCCGUGGGCGACCCCAGCAACUGGCACGCCACUUUCAGCUACGACUCUCCAGAUGGUACGGUGCGUGAAGAGUCCAUGCUUCUCAAGAGAAUCGACGACAAGGUAGUGCCAGAAAUUAAAGGCCGCUCUUCCUGGGUCGACAAGCAGUCGGAGAAGACAAUCGAGCUGACGUACGAAGCUGACGAGCAGGGCUUCCAUGCCGAAGGGGAGCACAUCCCCAAGCCGGAGCCGCCUGCGGUGCCAGUCCCGGUGGAGUCUGGAAAACGGACGGUGAUCGCGGUAGAGCCGCACGUGGCUCCUCCGUCGAAGGUUCCUCUGCCACCGCCACCCCCGCCGUCUUCGCCAGCCAGGAAGAACGUCGGUCACAGGUUCAUCGAGUGAACGACUGUAGCAGCAGCCAGUUGGCUCAUAUCACAGUAGGCGUCUUCGGGACAGGUCCUGCAGCUGUACAGGGCAAGGUACGCAGUCCCAGAGGACGUCAAACGGCGACGGCAAUGACGCGCGACGACAGCGGACUACGGCCUUUACCUCAGAUGCCAUAGAGUAACAGUAAUUACUGUGUAUUAGCAAGCAAUUGACGAGAUGUACAGAGCAACAGAUUUGGGGUCAGAGCCGUUCGUUGCAGAUGUACAUUACUUCUCUAUAAGCAAUAAAGCCUGUUUCACACAACAA